UUAGCGAGUCUGCUGGGGAGCAGUAAAAGCAUCCUAAUCGUGAUCGGCAGAAGUAAUACAGAGAUAGUGUUAGAAAAUAUCUCAGGGAUUAAACAUUAAAAAUGGCUCAAUUCACGAUUCUCUUGGUACUUUGUCUUUUGGUGGGAAUUUCUACUGCGGGGAAUGAUUUAACUCUGGGCAGUCGCGAGGAAGGCGACGCUCUCGUGGCCAGCAGACGUCUUUACAGACCCCCUAUACCCGGCAAGGUUAUGGUUGCCAAGUCUGGAUUCAACGUGGUCGGCAGAAUAACUGCGAUAACUGCAGUGAAUGCAGCUGGAUCGGAAGCAACAAUUUCAGUGCUCAAGGGCGGCAUUGGGAACAGUAGUGUCGUCGUUGCGGCAAUUGGUACACCUGGUACCGGAUUGGACGUGCAAUUAGAUAUUUACGCUAUAGUGAACGUAGUCAGCACGUCUGAGGUGGAUGAAGUGGAACCUGUUUCAACUGAAACGUCAAUCGACGAGGUAGAAUUACCAUAGACAAAAAUGAAUUUAUUAUGAAAUUUAUGUAUAAUUGCUAGUACUAGAAAAAUGUUGUAAAAUAUUAUACGUUUCUGUAGAAUUACUAGCGCUAGGAAAAUGUAUUAAAAUAUUAUGAAUUUCUGCAUGAUAA